GGUCCAUCUCUUUGCCGGGGCAGCAGGACGAGAGGCCUGGUGCUGCUAUGGCUGUGCAUUUCCCGCUCCCCGGCAGCUGGAUGUGGUACGCAGAUGAGCUUGACACCAUCUAGUUCCACGCAGGCGUUUGCAGCUGUGGGGGAAUUCCCCUGGGUGGUGUCAAUUCAGGACCUACAGCACAACCAUCUGGCCUUUGGCGCCAUCCUGAGCAAGCACUGGAUCCUGAGCGCUGCAUCCAGCUUUCAGACAAGGCAUCCAGCUUUUGCCGAGGUUCGUAUAACGGAUCUGAACAUGCAGAGGAAGACCCAGCCCCAGUACUCCAUCAGCACCAUCGUUCCCCAUGAAGACUUCAACGAAAUCACGCUGGACAAGAACAUUGCCCUGCUGAAGACGGCCACCCCAGUAGAGUUCAGUGAUGCUGUUCAGCCCAUCUGCUUCCCCAGCAGGAACCUCACCGCAGCCACCCUGGAGAACUGCUGGGUGUCCGGGUGGCUCCACCCCACGGCAGGAAGGCGCGCGGCAGCAAGCUUUCUAAGGAAGCUCUCAGUCGUGGAUGUGGAUCCCUGCCCCUUGAAGAGAAUCGUUACCACCGAGUGCAGCAGCCACAGGGACUCCGACAAUGUGACUGGCUGUUUGGGGGACCCAGGAAACCCAGUCAUGUGCCAGGCUAAGGGAACCGGAGACUGGGUUCUGAAUGGAGUGCUGAGUCAGGGCGGCAUGAGAUGCUAUGGACCGUUUCUCUACACCAAAGUGGCCUAUUACAGCGACUGGAUUUCAGCCACAACAGCUGAUGCAGGAGUCCCCGUAUAUCCCACUUUUGCCAGAGGGCGCUCCGCUUUUCCGCUCUCCGCUUUGCCGGCUGAGGAUUUGGAAGGUUCGUUUGAGCCAGCAGAGGUGGUGUUUCAAUCCUCAGUCAUCUCAGAAGCUGGGUCUGACCACGGCCAACCCAAGCAGCGACCGAAGGACAUCAAGCCCGCCCAGGAAGGGCUAGCCAGGGCUCACACCAAGUCUGACCCAGUGUACUAUGACUACUACAGUGGGGAAACGCUCCCAUUUCUAAGGGGAGCUUACGUCAGCCGCAGAUCCUCACAGAAAUGAGUGCUAUUUUCCUUCUGCUUGGGCUCCUCUUUUACUAGAUGAGACACUGUAACCGAGGCAACUGUGUGAUUGACUGGCCUCGGGGGCCAUUCCCAACACUCUGGGCACCCUCCCCAUCCUUUUUCAUGCUGGUGACAGUGGCUACGUGGCAUGAUCCAUGUGCACAGUGCUGACACGUCCUCCCCCCACAGCAACCUCCUUGUGUGUUAAUCUGUCUCUGCAUUUUAGCACCCACUCUGGGCUAUUAAACUUUAAACUCCGCCCCCCCCAAACUCUCCUGAUUCCUUUUGUCCCAAGGGUCAGUCCAGAGAGGACAGUGACUGUGAACAUGUCCAGACACAAUCGCCAGAUAUAUUUGAGAGGGAAAGGGAGCUCAGGAGCACAGCUGAUUCAGGACUUUGAGAGCCC